CCACAACGACCCGAUUGAAUAAUUUAUUUCCCAGUCCCAGCAAACCACUUUUGCUGCCGUCCACCAUUGAAUGGACGUUAAUCAUUUUGUCACUUUUCCGGGCGCGCAGCGCUGAUUUACGCAAACAAAACGUUACGCAAAACCGUCCCAACCGAAAAAGCAUGGACGCAAGAGCUGGGCAUAAGAAAAGCCACCCAAAAGCAAUGUAAAUGAGGGAGAGAAAAGCAGUCGUAAACGCAGAAGUUUGCAUUUCUAACCACCUCACCUCACCUCAGCGUCCGCCGGAACAACCUUACCGCAAAACUUGGCGGCACGUAACUCGGACCAGCUCGGAAUCGCUCUAAACCCGCGCGCGUUGAUUAGUUUUUAAAAUUCUUCAAAACUGUCCGAGUUUUCUUUGAUUGAGUGCUUCCUUGCUCAGUUUUUUGAUUAUAACAAUUGGAAAAUUCUCGGCCCGAGUUCACAAUGGGACUGUGAAGAAGGAAAACUUUGUCAGUGUUAUUCCCGGCAAGAAAAGGGAAACCCGGUUGUUGUUCAAGGGGGGUGGCGAAACAAAUCUUGCAGUCGUGCUGAGAUUGCUGGUGACGUGUUGACAAAUCCUGCAACUCAACACUUUGUUAUAAAUUACCGGAGAAAUUUUCCAUAAAUUCUGAAGGAAGAAAAAAACAUUUGGUUUUCUGGAGGGAAACUACCAGGGGACGUGCCAGGUCGAUGUCCGUGAAGCGGAACUGAAGCUGAGCCAAAGUGCUUACUAACUGAAUUCAGUUCCGGAGAAGUUCUCCAUUGAAAGAAGUCGCUGCAAAGCUGGAGAAACUUGCUUACGAUAUCUGGUUCGAUUUAACCGAACAGCUAGGAAAUGGUUCUGUGGAUCGUGUGGACUGUGGCUCGCAACCAGCCACGUGCAAUGGAUUUGAGCCGUCACGUGUCUGCUGCAGGAAAUGAGUAAAAAUACGCAAGCUGAAGAUAAAUCUGUUUCACCGUGGAUACUUCACCCAAAAUGACAAUAAUACUGCAUCACGUGCAUCAACAGCAGCUUCAUCACCCUUACCAGCAACGAGUCCAUCCCGGGACUACUCGUUGAUAUUGGGAGAAUCGCUCUCAAGAAUCAUCACCCGAUGAGAUCUUAGUUAGUGGACGCGCGACUUGUUACUUUGUGUUCCAAUCGAACCACCCUUAAUUCCCAAAUCAUAGUUUGUAGGAUUGUUAUUGUCCGUUCUUAGUUUAUAUCGUUAGUUGACUAGUGGUUAAGCACACACACACACAUACCCAAAUGAAAAUGUUACGCAAUCUAGGCUUUCUCCUGUCGGCGCUCCUCCUGGUGCAGCGGUCAGUGGCCCAGUGCCCCUGGCAGCGGGAGGUGCCCGACCUGCAGACGUCGUGUCUAUGUGCCUAUAACCUCGGACAGGAACUGUCCGUGCAGUGUGAUCAAGUUGAUUUUCCCGUACUAGUAGAAGCCUUAGAUAAAUACGCUCGGACGACGCCGCUCGAUCUGCUGUACGUCAACAACUCGACGAUCGAGAAGCUCGAGGCGGGCGUCUUUGCCAACUUGAAGCUGUACAACGUGCAGCUGAGCAGCUGUAAGAUCAGCCGGAUCGAAGAUUUCGCCUUCCGGGGCCAGGAGGACAUCCUGAAGAACCUGAACCUGCAGGACAACUUCCUCGACGACGUGCCCAUCCGGGCGUUGAAGAUUCUCAACAUUCUGAACCUGCUGGAUCUGUCGAAGAAUCGAAUCAACACCAUUCCCAACGAUGCCUUCAACGGACUGUCGAAGCUGUCGACGCUGAAGCUGAGCGAUAACAACGUUACGCUGGCUCCGUUCGCCUUCCGUGGGCUGGAGACGAGCCUGAAGAACCUCAACCUCAAGGGAACCAAGCAGAAGCGAGUUCCCGAAGCGGUUCGAGGCCUGAAGACGCUCGCCUUUCUGGACCUUUCCCAGAACGGAAUCCGGGAGCUGCCGGGCAACGCCGGCAUGCGGACCUUCGAGGGGUUGGAUUCGCUGACGGCGCUCAACCUGGAGCGCAACUUGAUCCAGACGCUCGGCGAGACUGCCUUUUCCGGUAUCCGGAAAACCCUAAGCUCCCUCAGCCUGCUGAACAACCUGCUGGCGGAGUUCCCCGUUGGUGCUAUCCACUCGCUGCGCGAGCUGCGAGUGCUGGACAUUGGUUUCAACCUGUUAACUGCCUUGCCGGAGACGGCAUUCCGCGGCAAUCCCGCCGUCACGCUGCUUGCCCUAGACGGCAACCCGCUUCCAACAGUGCCUGAGAAAGCCCUGCUGCAUCUAAACCGCACGCUGCGGGGACUCUCGCUCGGCGGACGGUUUCUGCACUGCGACUGCAAGCUGCGCUGGGUCGCCGAGUGGAUCCGGAACGGUGACUUGCAGGUCACCUCCCGCGAACGUAACCCCCAGUUCUGCGGGUCUCCGAACCGAUUCCGCGACCGCGGCUUCUACUCGAUCCAGCCGGAGGAGCUGACUUGUCCGGACGCCGAAGUCAGCAUCGAAGGCCCGGUCGGACUGGUGGAUUCGCUCCAACCCAAGACAACGACCACUACGCGAACAACGACACUUCUAACGACCUUCCCACCGAGUUCAGCCGGAGCUACGAACACUACCCUAGCGGAGGCGAGUAGCAGUACUACGGCGCUAACAACGACCACCCCUACAACGACCCCACCUUCAUCGUCUUCCUCCCAAGAGACGGCACCACCAGCUAGUCCGUCAACGACGGAUAGCACCACCACGCUUACAACCACGACUCAGUCCACCACCAAGCAGAGCACGUCAACUUCGACGACCACAACAAAGGCGGCCACCGCUACCAAGAGCUGGCGCAACCCAAACAACAACGGGCCCGGACACAAGCAGCGACCACCGCUGGUGCUAGGCUUCCCGCCGCAACGCGGCACCCAGAUCGACGACUCGCGGGAGGUUCAGGUUAAGAAUGCCUUCAGCUCCCGCCAGGACAGCUCGGUCAUCAUCCAGUGGGACUCGGACACCGCCAACAUCCUGGGCUUCCGUGUGGUCUAUCGCCUGUUCGGCGAUAAGAGCUUCAAGCAGGGCCCGCCGCUGGAGGCGAGCGAGCGCGAGUUCAAGAUCAAGAACGUGCCCACGGCCGAGUGCAUCAUCGUGUGCGUCGUGUCGCUCGAGGAGAUCAACGUCACGCCGGACACGGUGCCGUACACGCAGUGCCGCGAGGUGCGGACCGUCGCCUCACCCGCCUCCAACAUGGACAAGAUCACGAUCGCGGCCAGCGCCGCCAUCUGCGGGACGAUCAUCGUAGCCGUGGUCAUCUUCAUCACCACCAGCAGGAUUCUUUACAGACGCCGCUCGAAGAAGAUGCAGUCGCUGUCCCACCACCAGCAGAAGAGUGCCCUCCCGAUCGCGGGCCUGCCCGUCAACUGCUGUGGACCGACGCCCAGCCCCAACGGACCGCUUGGAUCGCUCGCGACGCUGUCCGCGUUCAACUCGCACAAGUUAACCACCGAAGACGAUGAGGACAACUUCUGGUAGAGGAAAUAAUCUAACGAAAAAGGUCUAAAUUACUAUUAGAAAAAAAAAAAAACACUUGUUCUGUUUUGUUGUUGUAACUUGUACAUAAAAGCCACACUGAUGAUACUGAUCUAGUGAUAACAGAGUAGGAAAUAUUUAACUAAUUAGUGAAGAUAUAAAAAAAACAUCGUGUGCUACAGUUAAACAAAAGUUUAAAGAAAAAAACACAGAAAGUUAACUCUUUGAUAGCAAUAAGUGCGUGUGUGAGUGUCUAAUACGUCAAAUAUAUAGUAGAGGUAGAUCUAUUUAGCGCAAUUUAAUCCGCAUUUCUUUGUUUUUCGUUGGUAAUUUGGAAUAUUUUAUCACUUUGUUCGAUUUCAGUAUCUUUUUUAAAGUAUUCCGAAUUAUCACACCAGCACAUACAUUCCUAAAUAGGUGUGUCACGAUUUUUGUUUUCCUUCACAGAGUUUCGUGUUUCACUUUACCGAAUAGAAUAAGCUCGAUCUUUUCCCAGCAACCAGAAGUCAACAAACAAAUUGAAAAGUAGCUUUCGCGAAGCCAUUGGUCGAAACCGUCGAAACUGCUGAUUCUUCAAAAAGUGACGUAAGCGCCACAAAGCAAUUGUCGCUUACGUCAUUUGGAAUAGAAAAAAAACAGCGAAACUUUCCGGUUUUUGAUCCCAAAACCCGAAAGGGUUUGCGAGUCAACUUUUUGCGUUAAUUAAAUAACACAAAGUCGCUCCCGGUAAGCUAAGUGAGAAGCUACUUUUCGUUUCCGUUUUUUUUCCUUGUGGAAAGGUGCCGAGCAAGUUUUCCCCACCUUUCCGGGGACUUUUCGCGAGCAGUUUUCCCAGAGUAACAUUUACUGGGUUUUUUUACUCCCUCUCUCUCUGUUGACGCGAAAAGUUUUCCACUCUUCUCACUUUAGCGAAUAUUCUUAGCUAGUUUCUCUCUCACCGCAAGGGUUAAAUUCUUGACUUUUUUUUGAUAAGGUCCUAUAAACAAAUGUAAACAUUGAGUGUAUCCCGCUUACUCCGAUCGACUUUUACAUAAGGUGUGAAAGGGAUACACUCAAUGUUUACAUUUGUUUAUAGGACCUUAUCAAAAAAAAGUCAAGAAUUGAAAUGUAAACAAGUUUGAGCAAAAACAAAAAAAAAAUAAACACGCAAAUCUAAAGGGAAAAAACACACACACAAAGUUCGACAGAAACGGCGUAGCUCGUAGCGAAAAAGUGAAAGAGAGAGAAUGAGAUUUGUACAGCGAGAUAUUUUUAUAGGGUUGGAAAAAGUGAGCGAAAAAGAACAUUACUUGAACAAUACUCAACAGAUAUUUGAUAGAGUUGAACUACUUAAGUAAGCGAACAAACAAGGAAUUCAAACAAAAAAGUGUACAUUAUAUCGACUAAAGCGUAACUAAUCAAAGUGAUUUUGUUGAACAAGAUAAAACAAGAAAAAAAAGUAUAUAAAUAAAAUAAAUAAGUUAAAAAAAGUAAAACUCUUAUUAUUUGGCAACUAGUUUAAACAAAAAAGAAAACGUUUUUAAUUUCUUCUUUUUCCUCUCUCUCCGUUCUAAGACUAGUGUCAGGUUUUCCACCUUGUGCAGAGAUAUUUUUUUCCUCCAACCAAAAACCAAACAAAACUUCUCUCUAUAGAGUUUCGUUUACGGAAAACUUGACAUUACGGCGGAAAACGAGAAAACGAAAAAACACAGUUGAAAAGUUAACACUAAACGGCGAAUAGAAUAAGGGAAGCGAUUGAAGGGAGGGGCGGUGAGAGUGGGACCACUUUAAGGCCCCUCCCCCUCCCAAUUUCGGGCAAGUUUGCAAACGAUUAGCGGUUAGGGAAAACAUACUACUCUUAGGAAGAACUACUAGAAUUUAGUGAUAAGGAAACGAAAAAAAAACACACACGAAAAGUGAACCUUGUAUCAUAGAUAAGUGAAAUUGAUCAAAAAAAUCAUAGAACGAGAGCUAGCAACCAAUUAAUAGGAGAGUGCGAAGAAAAAGUGUUUAAACACGGAGUGAAGUGAAGAAAUAAAAGAAAAUUAAAAUAAAACAAGAAGUGUCUAGUUAAAAGUAGUAAUGUAACGUAACACGCAAUUUUUCUACACUUAUACAGUUAUACAGUAUAUGAACAUAAUAAAUAUAUAUUUAUAAAGGAUGGGAACAAAAUUAAUACAAUUAAAACUAUGUCUGUAUUAUAGUGGAAAGCAAAACGAAAUUGCAAGCCUAUCAGUAAAAGAGGAAAAAAGAAGGAGACGACGAAGGAGAACAUUUGAAAAUUAUUAGUAUUUAUAUGAAAUGCAAAAAAAAAUCACACUAGAACUGUUGUUAUAGAUCAAAUGCAGUUAGUUAAAACAAACUCCGCGAUUGUAUAGAAAGAGAAAAAAAUAAAUAAAAAUAAUUAAUUUGUA